AUGGUGUCUGGGGGGUUAGGGGGUCCGGCGCUCGGUGGUACCCAGGGGCAGACGACACCAAGCAAUCCGCUCCAGCAUCCCCGCGUCGGGCAGCUACGGGACGAAACGAUGCAUUCUCCUGGUGGACUGCCUAGGCGCAGAAUCCAGCCGGGAGGACCACAACCUGGGCGGAGAGCAUCAUCGACGCCGAGUCCGGCCGCUGGGAUUAGUACCUCAGCGGGGCCGAGCACGUAUAUCCAAGCCCCACCCCCUCAGGUUCCCCUUGCGUCGGAAACAUACCCUCCACCCACCGAAGUUUCUAGGUAUUUCAACACGCGCCCAACUCCGACCGCAACCUCAGCCCCUCAACCCGAAAGCCAAGGCCGCGGGAAGGGGAAGGGAAUCGAGAUCAAUGUACCCGACCCCGACCCCGAAUCACCUCUUAACCCACGACCCACAAACCGGCUCUUAGACGACGAACUCGAGACUCAGCGUGAGAUCAUAAAACAGUACGAAGCCGGGUCUCGUCUCUGGACCAAGGAAGGACUUCUUGCCUUCGAGAGGCAUAUGGCGGGUUCAUGGAGCGGCGGGGUCGUCAGGAUUCCCGCUUACGUUGGCAUGGAAGACUAUACAUUUCACACGGGGGCUAACACCAUAUACACGGCCGAGUUCCACGGCUACUACGCUUUAGCAUUUCCGGCAGGGUAUCGGGCCCCAGGGCAACCAUACUCUGCCAUGACCAUCAAGGUGGCCCCUGAUUUUGACUACCCGCACUCCCGGUAUCCGGAAGCCGAGCUAGAAAACUUCCGCGCGGCGGUGACGAAAUUUGAAUCGCAUCCACUAGGCCACCAGCUGUACUCGCUGUUCAUGAGAACCCCGUUUCCGCCCGACAUCCGGAAGAUCGAGCAAGAAGUGUGGCACUCGAUGUUCCUGCACGCCGCGGCUCUCAUGAUGAGAGAUCGCCUAUCUAGCCGGUUCCCCAACGAGGUCGCGAUAUACGUGCAGGACUGGCGGUACCGGCGCGGGUGUGUCGACGUGCUCGGGCGCAUGGGCUUCGUGGUCACGGGUCGGUACGGGGCUGGCGCCUUCGCUGAGAUCGAUGAGCACACGCUCGUGUUCGCCCCGAAACCCAAAACCUGCGUGCGGGAGAUCGUCGCCGACCUCGCCGAACCGGCGACCAUGCCGGCGGCCAUGUUCUGGAGCACGGUGCUCAGUCCCGAGGAUUAG